AUGGAGGCGCUUUUUGAGCGCGGCUCCUGGCUGUUACUGAAAUCAGGAGCCCAGGUCUUACUAUACAGGAAUUUGGAGCUUUUUACGCGGUGGGAUGAUGCGGAAACUGUCGAAUUUCGUUGCCAGGUCUCGAGCGACGAGUUACAGGUCUAUGGGAGCAGAGGUCGCAGGAUCGAAAGUCGGCGGGUCAAUUUGGCUGCACCAGGGCAAGUAAGUAAGUGUGAGAAAGUGCUAGAGGUUUGGUUUGAGGUGUCUCGGUAUGAGAUCUUGUGGGAGCCUGGGUGGGUGCUUUGCUCGGACAGCGCAGCCGGAUGUUUGCACGUGUUUGACGUGGUUUUCGGCAGGUAUGUGGGGUAUGUGCGGUUCUACGCGUUUCACGAGCGUGUGGUUCUCGUGGACACGCACGAGUUCAUGGUUGUCGCGUCCAAGUUCGACCAGGACGUGAUGACCGCGAGCGCGACGUUGAACGUCUACAAAAUACACGAAAACCGGAAUUUGGCUCUGUCGCUUAGUGUAUCGCUCGGAGAGGAACUGGCGACUCACAAGAUCGUGCGCGACAGUAGGUUCGCGCAUUUUGGCGUGGUUUCCGUGCACGAAAUCCUGCGCACGACCAAGAUACGCCUCUACUUACCGAAAGUCGCCGAACCUUUCUACGAGGCCGAUGUGGGCGCCAUUGGCGCAUACAGGACUUGUUUUGCUGACGAAAUAACGAUUGUUUUCGCUGGCACCGACCCAGUGACAGACACAAUGAUGCUGGUAGCGCACGACGUCGCAAGCUCGCGCGCUGUCAGUAGGGUUGCUCCUCCGACGCAAAUCGCUGCCCCAACACGUGUCACUUACCUUUCUGCAUCGUCGACGAAAACGAUUUGCUUCGCGCUCAGCUCAGAUCCCAACCUUGUCUACGUGUGGGACUUACAAACCGGCGUUUCCACUUGUACGCAGCCCUCGCCUGUUAUAGCCCUGCCACAUGACUACAGCGACACCAAAAGUACCGCCUCCGGUUUCUACGUGUGCCCAGAUCGUCUCAGCACCCUGUCUGUACGGUUUCGAGACUUGAAUCAACUCCUACAGGCGUCUUGA